AUGGGCUUCCCGUACCAUGGAUCAUGCAGGGGGAGAGUAGAAUUCGGCAAGGAACAAUCCUCGUUUCGUUCAUUAACUAGACGACAGGUCUUCGAGGUAGAAUACACAACAAUUCCGCAACUAAGGCUAGCAGCAACCCAGGCCUCUUUAAUGGGAACAAAGGUGCGGCAACCGGCAAAACAUUCCUCGUUCAGUGACGUAGCGGCGAUCUCAAGUGCAUGUCGCCGUCCACGACGAUACUUCCCAGGCUACGCUUUAAAGAUGUUAUUGGAGACGUAG